AAACAAAAUGCCACUUGUUGCCUCUUUUCAUCAACUCAUCAGGCGCCUUCAUCUGCUCUUUUUACACAAAAAGGACGACGAGACGGAGCUAAGGAAGGCCGGAUGAAGUCAAGACUGGUGUGAUAUGGUCAUACUUGAGAAAAUAUGAAGCAGUGGCUCGUCAUUUGCGUGUCCGUGGCAUUGCUGUGGAGUCGGCAAGCGACUUUGACUCCAACGCAUGAUGCGGUGUGUCUUGGCACCCAGAAUGGACUGAGCUCCACAGGCUCUCAGGAGAAUCAAUACAACCUGAUCAAGGAGCGCUAUGACGGCUGCGAAAUCAUCAUGGGAAACCUGGAAGUCACGCAGAUUGAGAGCAAUUGGGAUUUCUCUUUCCUUAAGACAAUCCGCGAGGUGACAGGCUACGUGCUCAUCGCCAUGAAUCACUUUGGGGAAAUUCCCCUGGAGCAAUUGCGGGUCAUCAGAGGAAGCAGCCUUUACGAACGACGCUUUGCUCUCUCCGUUUACCUCAACUAUCCCAAGGACGGAUCGCACGGCCUGCGGCGGCUCGGCCUCACCAAUCUGACAGAAAUCUUGGAGGGAGGAGUACAGAUCAUUAAUAAUAAAUACUUGAGUUAUAGUCCGUGGGUUUUCUGGCAAGAUAUCAUCAGGGACUCCAACGCUCCUAUUGACAUCUACUACAAUGGCGACAGAGGGCCUUGCCACAAAUCCUGUGGACAUUAUUGCUGGGGGCCAAGUGAGAAGCACUGUCAGAUCUUGACAAAGACGCUGUGCGCUCCGCAGUGUAACGGUCGUUGUUUUGGGACCAGCCCCAGGGAUUGCUGUCAUAUCGAGUGUGCGGCGGGAUGCACGGGCCCUCUGGAUGUCCACUGUUUUGCAUGUCGUCAUUUCAACGACUCGGGAGCAUGCGUGCCUCAGUGUCCGCAAGCUCUCAUCUACAACAAGCAGACGUUCCAGAUGGAGAGCAACCCCAACGCUAAAUAUCAAUACGGAUCCAUUUGUGUCUCUCAGUGCCCCGCUCAUUUCGUGGUGGACGGCAGCUCCUGCGUGAGCGUCUGUCCUCCAGGCAAGAUGGAGGUGGAGCGAGAAGGCCACAGACGUUGCGAGCCCUGCGUUGGACUCUGCCCCAAAGUGUGUGAAGGCACGGGGGCGGAACACAGGCAGACUGUGGACUCCAGCAAUAUUGACAGCUUCAUCAACUGUACCAAAAUCCAAGGAAGUCUUCAUUUCUUGGUCACGGGCAUUCUUGGAGAUGACUUCAAGAAGAUCCCACCUCUGGAUGCUAAGAAGCUAGAAGUGUUCCGCACCGUUCGAGAGAUAACCGACAUCCUCAACAUCCAGUCGUGGCCAAAAGAGCUCAGCGAUUUAUCCGUCUUUUCCAGUCUCACCACCAUUCAAGGAAGAUCACUUCACAGGCGCUUUUCCCUGAUGGUGAUGUGCAUUUCCACGCUCACCUCGCUGGGUCUACGUUCCCUCCGCGAGAUCAGCGACGGAAGCGUGUACAUCAGCCAGAACCCCGAGCUCUGCUACCACCACGCCGUCAACUGGGCUAAGCUGUUCCGAGGGGGGCGGCUCCGAGUCAACAGCAUCAACAGCAACAAGCCGCUGGACCAAUGCGUCGCUGAAGGUCACGUGUGCGACCUGAUGUGUUCGAGCUCGGGUUGCUGGGGCCCGGGACCGCACCAGUGUCUCUCCUGUCGCAACUACAGCCGAAAUGGCACUUGUGUGGACAGCUGCCAUUUUUAUACUGGGUCCCUGAGAGAAUUUGCAAGGGCUGAUGGAGAAUGUGUCGCCUGUCACUCCGAGUGCAAACGUCUGCACGGGGAGGUCAGCUGCACGGGGCCGGGAGCGUACGAGUGCGUGGCGUGCGCCAACCUUCGAGACGGUCCCUACUGCAUGUCGUCUUGCCCUGCCGGGGUCAACGAUGGCCAGAGGGGCCUCAUCUUCAAGUAUGCCAACGCGGAAGGUCACUGUGAACCGUGUCACCACAAUUGCACCCAAGGAUGCUCAGGCCCAGGACUUGGUGAUUGUUUGGAGACUGUGAGACUGGCUGCUAGCGGUGGCCAGAUCACAGGCAUCGCCUUAGGUGUGCCAGCUGGCCUCAUAUUCUGCCUGGUGUUGUUUUUCUUGGGCCUGCUCUACCACCGAGGCCUGGCCAUCCGCCGCAAGAGAGCCAUGCGUAGAUACCUUGAGAGCGGAGAGAGUUUUGAGCCACUGGGUCCCGGGGAGAAAGGAACCAAGGUUCACGCGCACACCCUGAAGCCCUCGGAGCUAAAAAAGCUCAAAGUUCUGGGAUCCGGUGUCUUUGGCACAGUGCACAGGGGCUUUUGGACUCCGGAUGGAGAGACGGUGAAGAUCCCAGUGGCCAUCAAGACUCUCCAGGACAGCUCAGGCCGUCAGACCUUCACCGAGAUAACUGAUCGCAUGCUUGCCAUGGGCAGCCUGGACCACCCCUACAUCGUCAGACUUUUGGGCAUCUGUCCCGGCUCCAGUCUGCAGCUGAUUACCCAGCUCAGUUCCUUGGGUUCCUUGCUGGAGCACGUCAGGCGGCACAAAAACAGCCUGGGCCCCCAGCGUCUGCUCAACUGGUGCGUGCAAAUAGCAAAAGGGAUGUACUACUUGGAGGAACACUGCGUGGUACACAGGAACCUGGCGGCACGCAACAUCCUACUGAAGAACAACUACCAGGUCCAGAUCUCGGACUACGCCGUCGCAGAUCUUCUUUAUCCCGACGACAAGAAAUACAUCUACACCAACACCAAGACUCCCAUUAAAUGGAUGGCUCUCGAAAGCAUCUUGUUCAGAAGAUACACUCAUCAAAGUGACGUGUGGAGUUACGGAGUGACAGUAUGGGAGAUGAUGUCUUUUGGGGCGGAGCCUUACGGCUCAGCACCGGCCCAGGAGGUUCCGUGUUUGCUGGAGAAGGGCGAACGUCUGUCACAGCCGCCCAUCUGCACCAUCGACGUCUACAUGGUCAUGGUCAAAUGUUGGAUGAUUGAUGAAAACAUAAGGCCCACCUUCAAAGAGCUGGCGAGCGACUUUACACGCAUGGCGAGAGAUCCGCCCAGAUACCUGGUCAUCAAGCUGGAAGGAGAGGAGGACGAUAGCACCUCGCGGGACAUCCAGCGCAGAGAUUCUGAGCGAGGGCUGCUCGACCCCGAUUUGGUGGAUGAAGAUGAGGAGGCUCUGCAGGAAGGUUUCCAAACACCUCCUCUGCAACAUUCGCCCUCGUGGAGUCUCUCUCGUUCAAGGAUGAAUUCGUAUCGGGGCGCUGCCGUACCUGUUGGUUACCUGCCCAUGACUCGAAAUCCUGUAGAAAGCCUUGUUCAGCUGCGCUUCCAAAGGUCCCGCCGGAGCUCAGUGCGAACUCUGCCCGAAAGUUCAGAGGUUAGAGGGAAUGGCAGGGAGGCAGACGAAGGCUUCAGGACCGGCGGUCCUCACAGGUCUCGGCUUGGAUCGGACAGGGCCGCCGCCCCUCGAGCGGACAGGCACAGAAAGCUCUCCACGGCAUCGAGUCCGUCUUCACACAAGAUGUGGACAUCCGGCGGUGAGGAGGAGGAGGCAGACCACUCUGGUUACGUCCCUCCUGGAACACCUAGCGCUCCAGAAAGAGCUGGUAAAGUCACGCCCGGAUUAAACAAAGUGAAAAGUUUGGCCCUGGAGUACGAGGUGAUGAGCCACAAAUCUGAAGGUGACCUUUGCUCGGCAAAGGGCAACUCUUCACAUCGUGAUACCCCAUCACCACCUUCUCCGGCCGUUGUCGCUUUCUUACCUGCCCACGAGGACACCUUGACACCAGUUCCAGCCACCGACGAUCAGCAGGUAGACGAGAACCUCGAGGACAAUUUGGCCACAGAGAAGCAUCAGUGUAGUAUGGAGAAGCAGAUCCAAGCCAAGGAGGACCGCGUGCGUUCUCCUCAGGGGAAAGGCAGAUACGAAUACAUGGACAUUAGACGCCGCGACUCCACAGAGGACGAGGCGCCGGCGCAGCAGAGACGCGAGACAUCCGCAGCGGAGUCGGAUGGAACACGCGAGGAAGAGGAGGCUCAGUUAGCGGAGUGCCAUCACACAAAUAAACAACAAGCACUUCGAGGGAAUACGCCAGAUGAGGAAGGGAAGGAGUAUGAGGAUAUGGCCACAUUUGAAGGAAUCGCCAGCGGCCAGGAGCAGGCGACCUACCAGAACCUCCCAGUGAAGGGGGAGUCGGGCGGCGGCAGGUGCACGGGGAUCGGGGGAUAUAUCAAGGUGUACGCGGGCACGGGAGAGCCUGGUGGCAGCUCAUCCUUUGACAAUCCAGACUACUGGCACAGCAGACUGUUCCUCAAGCCGGAUGCUGUUCGGACCUAGUCCACGCUGUUGAGAUGCAUUUUGCUGGAGAGCAAGUGCAGAAUAAGCAGAGAUGAACCGGAUUUCUGUAUUGUGCCAUUUUUGUACCUUCAGGAUUAAAUGGAUGGAGAGUUGCCAUCAUUUUGUAAGCUUGCUGUACACUGAUGACAUUAUGUCAAAGACAAAGGUUUUUUUAUACACUGUUUUACCACGUGU